GCUCGCGUCGUGAACGGACGUGUCCCCGCGCCGCCUGUCCGCGCCCGAUACAUCGACGUGCAUAAAAAUAACAAAUAACUGACACUCCUGUCCUCACUCGCAGUCUACCGAAUUGACGUAACUGGAUCCCCGUUUUGUUUUCCCCCCAGUUUUAUUGUUUAUAUUGUUAGCAAGUGCAAAAUGUGAUGUUAUGUGUGUUCAACGAGCGUGCCGUCCUGUGUAACGUUGCCCUAAAGUGAACUCGAUGGAUACCUAAUGUGCUUUUGAAUUCGGAGUAAUAACGUUUUUGGUCGUCGCAGCCGGAUUUUUCACACACUAAGGUUCAGGGAUGACUCCGCAGUCUCCUCACUUAUCGAGACAAUUUUCCUGAUCUCUACAUUGGAUUGGAAUGAGAUGAGACGAAGAUCUGGCCGACAGAUAUGCGAAAGGACUGACGACCGUGCACGUAACUACAGCCGUAACGCCGACAUGACGGUACGUCAAAACCAGAAUUAUACUGAACCAGCUAUGACGAAGGAAGCUCCACUUACGCGUGAUUCAAGCCCAGGCCUUAGUAUAUCAAUGAUGGCGCCGCUGCGCUUCGGGCGAGGCCUCGCGCGGUUCCUUCUCUCCAACACUUUUGUGGUGGUGUUAUUGUCACUGGAGCUGGUGGUGUGGCGCAGCGGCGCGGCGGCACUGGCCAACUGCCCCAGCGGCUGCAGCUGCAACGACGACACGCUCGUGGUGGUGUGCCAGGAGAGCCGCCUCGACGUGCUGCCCAUCGCGCUCAACCCCUCCAUCCAGCGGCUCAUCAUCCGCAACAACAAAAUCAAAACCAUCGACAGCUCCAUGCAGUUCUACGCGGAACUGCAACACCUCGACCUCUCCCAGAACCACCUCGUCAACAUACCCAUAAAAAGCUUUGCUUAUCAACGCAAGCUGCAAGAGUUGCACCUCAACAGCAACAAACUAUCCUCAGUAACGAACACCACCUUCCAAGGCCUCAAUUCCCUAACAGUACUGAACUUAAAACGAAAUUUCCUCGAGGAACUCACGAAUGGAGUCUUCUCAACCCUCCCCAGAUUAGAAGAACUUAAUCUAGGACAAAACAGAAUAUCUAGAAUAGAACCCAGAGCAUUCGCCGGACUCUCUGCCUUAAGAAUACUAUAUUUAGAUGACAAUCAACUAAGUUCAGUGCCUACGACUUCCUUCAGUCUACUGGGAAGUCUCGCCGAGUUACAUGUUGGCCUUAACGCGUUCUCGUUUCUGCCAGACGAUGCGUUUGCUGGGCUGAACCGGCUGGCAGUUCUAGAUUUGAAUGGAGCUGGACUCUCAAAUAUUAGUGAAGACGCUUUCAGAGGACUUCCUGGAUUACGGAGCCUCAACCUGUCUGGAAAUAGGUUAAAUGUUGUACCGACACAGCAAUUGUCUGGUCUUACGAGAUUAGAGGAAUUGUACAUUGGACAAAACGACUUUUUCGUGUUAGAAAGUCACUCAUUCAAAGGCUUGAAAAAUCUCAAGUUACUUGAAAUUGUGGGCUCACCAAUACUGGAGAGGGUCGAAAAAGGAGCAUUCGAGGACAACAUUAAUUUGGAAACAGUAACUCUGAUUAAUAACAAGAAAUUGUCAAUCAUCGAAGAAGCUACUUUGUUAGGUUUGCCAAAACUAAAGCACGUGUCUCUGAGGGAUAAUGCUAUUGUGACCUUGAGUGACUCGGUUUUUAUCGGCAAGGAGCUGAAACAACUGGAUUUGAGCGACAAUCCCAUAUUCUGUGAUUGUCAAAUUCUUUGGCUUCAAGAAUUGUUAACUGAAAAGACAAACUUCACUCAAGUUCAAUGUGCGGCUCCGGACAAUGUAAAAGAAAGGAAUCUGAAACACCUCGGUGCUGAGGACUUGGGCUGCAUGCUCCACGACACGCGGCAGCAGACUAUCAUUGGCAUAAUCGUCGUGGCUUGCGUGGCCACAAUCGUCACUCUAGUGCUAAUUUUGUAUAGAUACCGCAAGAGCAUGCAGGAGAAGCUGAAGGAUUACAAGUGGAACAAGGGUCGCAAGAACCUCGAGUACCACAAGCCCAUCUCCACGGAGGAGGACUGCAUACUAGAGCUUUACGCCUCCCCGAGCGUGUUCUUCAUGUCGGGCAGCCAGGGCUCCGCCCGGCGGCCGCAGCGCUCGGGAGGCGGCGGCGGCACUCUCCCCGCCAACGGAUUCACGUACAUCGGCGGCGACCCCCGCCACCAGCCGAUGACGCUCAACAACGGCGCCCCGGCGCACCACCUCAACAACGGGUCGCUGCGCUCGCUGCCGGACAAGAAGAACAACCGGAACGGCGUCGUGUGCCACCCGGAGAACUUCCAGCGCAACCUGGACACGCGCUACUCGCGCAAGCAGGAGAACGGCUACCUGCGCAACUCCGAGACCAUCCUCGGCUUCCCGCGCGCCGAGCGCGAGCUGCGCGAGAGCGACUACAGCGAGCCCGAGUACUCCGUGAUCCCGGAGGCCUACGCGCGCGACGACUACCGCGCCUGCGCGCACUCCAACACCUUCAACUGUUGAGCCGCGCUCGCGCCACGGACUCUCCUCAAUCGUUUGUGAUCUUGUAAUUCUAGCAAUAAAUCUUCAUUCCAUUAAGUUUUCUAUGGACGGACUGAUGUGACGGGACGUAGUGCUCUAGAGCGGUUAGUGACGUUAGUGACUCGGGUCCGGUGUACGUAAGACCAGUGAGGACUAUCCUAUAUCGUAAUUCGGUUUAAAAGAGUACCUUAUUUGUAAAUUAUAAAUUUAAGUAGUGAUGGAUCUAUUUUUCAAUGGGUUGUCGGGCAUGGAAGUGUGACUUUCAUCGAGUCGUACAAUGUACAGCUAGUCGCGGCCGGGUGUGCGCACGAGUGCGGCGCCGCCAUCGCAAACAUGUGAUUGUAAUUAUUUCUACCAGUGCGGUGGAAUUUGUAUUUGAUUUUGUACAAAAACCAUUCCAUAAGAAAUCUUUUAAUGUCUAAUAUUUUAUUUAUAAAUGAAUAAAUUAAGUGUGCGUUAAAUAAGACACCAAUAUGAAGAAUAUUAGAGAUAAUGAUGUAAAUAUAUUUAUACUAUAUUGAGAAAUUUAUAAAAUUUAAUACGAUCUUGUUCUUCUAAAAUUAUCAUAAAAUUAUUUCGGUAUUUCUGAUAUUGUAUUGUUUGCUAUAUCGACUGAUAUCCUACUUAUGAGAUUUCGUACUUCUGUCACUAUUAUUGUAUAAUAUCCACUUACACCGACUUCGUAUUGUGUAGGUACAGGAGCACCCGUUGUUUCGCUUGGCUCAUCCAUUUGUGUAAUGCUCAAUCCUAAUAUUGCAAUUUACUUAUUAAGAUUGUUGGAAUUACUUGCCCUACUUAUUUACUGUGUCAUAUAUCGCUGGAGCUGCGCAGUUGUUAUUUUAUUUUUUAAGUUAUCAUUUCUUAAACUAGCUACCGUUUUCAUUUACUCCAUUGUUUUUGUUAUUACAAAAUGAAGACUGUGUGUAUGUUUGCUGUCUGAGGAAAUAGAUUAGAUUGCUUUAUUAAAACCAAAUGUUUUCUAGACUUAAAUAUAAAAUAGAUAGUCGAGAAAUUAAGUAACCACAGAUGUGAAAGAUCGUUAGGUAGGUAAACUUAAUUUCUGGAUUAAUUAAUAUGAUAUACGAAUACGAAGCAAUAAAAAGAGUUCAAAAUAGCCGGUGCACUGUAAACUGUUGCAUUGUAAUGUAAUGCAAAUAAGUAAAAAACAAUUACGCAACAUACUUCAUUAAAACUUUUUUCAUUUCAUAUGUAAAUCUAUUUAAUAUUUUAGUUAAGGGUUGUUUGUCGUGUCAAAUAUUAAUUAUGUAUUUUUUUGAACAUAUUGGGGCAAUAUCUCUUGAUGUGGAAAAUCCAGUGUGCCCACAAUCAAGACAAGUUUGUUGUACUUAUUUUAUGCAUUCUAAAAUUGUCUUUAACAAACGCCAUGUUAGUAAACUAUCUAUAAAAUCAUCGUAGCGUGUAAAACACACGUUUUCCUUUUACUAGAAGGAUAUUUUCUUAAACGAAUCCCUUUUUACAUUGACUGUUUAUUUCCAACAAGAAGUAAGAAUUUUUGGCAGCUAAGUAGGUACCUACCUAAUAGUACCUAUACAUAUAUUUUAGUUAAUUUAUUAGUCUGUCGAUGUUCAAUGUUUUGUAUGAGAUUGGAUUUAAAUUCGACCAGUGUAAAUAACUCAAUGUCAAAAAAACAUGAAAAAUCUGAUCCAUCAUAUCAAUAAUCUCAGGAUUUUCUUGAUAACAAUUUCUUGCUUCUUGUUGGCCAUAAACUAUAUCCUUUUAUCUACAACUGAGUAAGGACCUACACCAUAUAAUCUGAUCUUAUGGUGACAUUUCUUUAUUGUAAAUAUUGAGAAAUUAAAGACUAAGCGACAAAGGCAUGCGUUAGUGCCUACUGAAUGCCUAAAAAGUAUACAAGAAAAUGAUGAAUACAUAUGAGAAAUUGUGAUUAGUGUACUUUCACGACAUUGUAAUAGAUCAUCGGUCAUUUCUGUACUUUAUUGUAGUUAUAACCUACAUACAAACUCGAUAAAUAUAACAUACCUCAAAUUCGAAA